AUGCGAGGGGGGCUGGAAGAAACUUUGUUGAUUAGUUCAAAAUGUAGCAGCAAGAAGGCCACAACUUUGCAGACAGUUAGGAUGCCAAGGAGUAAUGUUUUGGACCGAGUACAGAGCUUCUUACCACAGAUGGCCCAUGCAAAUGAUGAGCUAAGAAGAAAAAUGGUAACAGCACCAGCUCAUCAGUUUGAUAUUGAAAAUCUAGACAGUGCAACAGAAAAAGUCAUAGAAAUGAAUGUGGCUGUAGUUGAACUGAGUGAUUCCGAUACAGAUGAAGAGAUACUAACUUCAGAAGAUGACUCGGAAUCUGAAGAUGACUGUAUAACUGAUGAAGUGACAAUAGACAACAUUAAGUUUCCUAAACAAAAGGGAGAAAAGGGCAAAAUAGAAAUUUUGGACAGCAAAGUGAAUGAGUAAAUCCAUUUUAUUUUACUUAAAAAAACCCAAACAAACCAACAAAAAACCCAAAUCGUGUUUUCUUACUUUGAAGACUUGGCCCUUAAAACUACCUUGUUUCCCAGUGAAGCAUCCCUCAGGAUCAUGUGAAAUGCUAUAGUUUACAUUGUGGAGAAUUCAGGAUCCACUCAUGACUGAGGCGGGCUGGAUUUCUGAAGAAUUACGUACAGUUCUGUUCAUCAAACAACAUGGAAAUGAACUUCAUAGUAGGUUAGACUAAGAAAGCAGCUAGAAUUUGGGGCACUUGAACUAGCUAAAUUAAAAUUCUUGUUGUGUUGCUUUGUUGAAGAAAGAUUUUUGUAGUGUGCUAGAAGUUGUUUUUGCUUCAAGGGCAGGAAAGAGUUAACUAGGAAAAAAGCUUUGGUUUUUAUAUUCCAUGUCCUGUGCAGUGUUAUGUACGAUGUCUUCAAUAUUAAACUAUCUUAAAGUACAUUAGAGGUAUGUCUACAUUGCAUUCAUGACAGUAACUGUUGAACACUACAGCAGCGGGUGAGGUCAUUUCAAGAUGAGCUAGCAUGGGUAAGGACAGCCGUGACUCGAGAGAGAGUUCAGCAAAGGAUUACUUACCCUCUGUGCCUGCACUGAGCUCCGUAUCAUUACGGGUAGGUUACUACCUCAUACCUGGAACGUUUGUGGCUGUAGUGCAGAUACCCUCAGUACUUAAACGGUCAAGUCUGCCUCUGUGGUCUUACAGUUGCUUUAAGCUACACUUAAGCUACGCUUUUCAUCUCCCGCUUUCCCUUUCUGUCCUCUCCAUUUUGUUAACAACUGUCACUGCCAGAAGAAUAAAAAGGUGAACUUUCAGCUGGCCUGUACUUAGGUUAGCUUGAAACAAUUGUGAAACCA